AUGACUAUAGCUCUUGCGAGAUUCCCAGUUGAACUCCUUAAGCUAAUAACGACCAGUCUCUCCGACAAUGACCUCUGCAAUUUUGCUCUCACGUGUAGUAUCUUCCACGAUGCUGUUCACGGCGACAAAGUUGUAUGGCGGGAUCGAUUUCUUAGUGUUUACGAUGAUCCCGUAAACAAAAUCUCCUAUGACUGGAAAGCCACAUACCAGAAACGACAGCGCCUGCACAAGAAAAUGGUUGGGCUAUCAUUCCGCAGCGGCCAAUCGAAAGAAGAAUUGGAAGCCUUAGAGAUUUUAUGGGACAUAUUGGCAGAUGCACGUGGUAAUAUCCCCGCCGAGGGGGAUCCAGUGGAUGGGCGUAACUUCAGUCACAUACUUCCCCUGCGCAGUGAGAGAGCUAUCUUCAGCUCACACUCACACGUAGAUGAGCAUCCGCUACUGAGUGCUGUCAGCUUGCUACUCACCCCGUUGUUGAAUCGGCCGAAACUAGCCUUCAUAAAAGGUUCCCAGGAAAUUGUCUAUAAACCUGAUGUAAAUCGAGUCAUCAACGCUGAUGGCACCCCGAAUCUAAGUAUUUUAAAUGCUAUGGCAAGGCUAUUCACAUGGCACAUACACCCAGAUUCUCCGAGUGAUUUGUUUCACCAGAGGACCUUAUUGACGCCAGGUGAAAUGCCGUGUUUUUGGCAGGGAAGGCUGGGAGAUGAGGGCGAGAUACCGACGAAGUGGUUCGGAGCUUAUAUGUAUUCAAACCCCACUCGAAUCAUAAUCUAUGACGGCGAUGAACUCUCUUCCGACAGAUCUGACGGCUAUCUUGUUGAUAUGACGCUUACUAUUUCCCAGUCAGCAUUCACUGGCAUUGGGAAGGAUUUUGAUACAUUCACAAUCAAAUCUGGAGAAAUAACGCCGAUCCCGUCUCCGCCUGGCCGGCUCUCAACAGUUAAUGGAUGGAAGAAGGUGGAAUUUAUAAAGUCUUACACUCACCACGGAUGGUUUUAUUCGGGCAUCAUUCUUCCUGGGAAUAAUAUGAUGCUGGGUUAUUGGAUGAGAAGCAAGGGGGGACUCCUCAGCAGGGGUGCAUCGGGGCCAUUUAUUUUCUGGAGAGCCCCGGAGAGUAGUAGUUUGUUGAAUAGGGACAACAGGGUGUCAUUUGUCAGGGUGACGGGUUGA